CCUCUGUCUCCUCCCCUCCCUCCUUUCUCCCCUCAGGGCAUGAGCAGUCUGUUCAGCUCCCUGAAGGUGGUCCGCCUGCUGCGCCUGGGCCGGGUCGCCAGGAAACUGGACCACUACCUGGAGUACGGUGCUGCCGUUCUGGUGCUGCUGGUCUGCGUGUUCGGACUGGUGGCUCACUGGCUCGCCUGCAUCUGGUACAGCAUCGGAGACUACGAGGUCAUCGACAAGGCCACCAACACCAUCAAGGGGGACAGCUGGCUCUACCAGCUGGCCCUCAGCCUCGGAUCGCCUUACCGCUACAACGUCAGCGGCUUGGGCCGAUGGGAGGGCGGCCCCGGCAAGGACUCCCUGUACAUCACCUCGCUGUAUUUCACCAUGACCAGCCUGACCACCAUCGGCUUCGGCAACAUCGCCCCCACCAGCGACGGGGAGAAGAUCUUCUCUGUGGCCAUGAUGAUGGUGGGAUGUAAGUAGGAGAUACUCAGCUUCAACCAUGCUGCGUCGGCAGAGCCGGGCAGUAUCUGCUGUUGUGGUUUCGGUCAUUUCUGAGAGUGUAAUGGCUCAGAUUUUCAUUUUCUGUACUUACUUGCAAUGUGUUGUAUCCAGAUAUAAACACCAGUGAGAGGGCUGCUCUUAGAGAAUGCUGUUUCUAUGAGUUUUUAUGAUAUAUUGAUGUUUUGAAGCGAUGUGAUGUGUGAAAGUUUUGCCACGUUAGUUGGUGUGGUCUGAGUAUGGUGCUGUCGGUUGGUCAGUCCAACACUCCAAAAUGUAGUUUAACCCAGUCGCCAGAAACAAAUAUACUUCCUGAUUAUGUGGAGUACAUAGGAAUUGAUUUUGUAGGAUAUAUAUGACUUGCAGCGCAUUCAUUGUCGUAGGUGUUGCUACAAACACUGUAUGAGGACAGUCUGGUUUGACAUUUGAAGUUUGACAUUUAGCGUAUCCGUGGUUUUGCCCGACGUAGAAUGCGGUGGAUUCCUUAUGGUUCUGGUGACUCUGUGACGUUUCAUCUUGUUUUCAGGCCAAAUCUUCACCUCGUACACACUGAAUAUUGUGUGCAGAUUUCCAUGAGAGGUAAAGAUGUGUGCUGACACUUUUUUGGGGGUUGUUGGGCAUAUAAACCAGAGCAUGCUGUUGACUUGUCAUUGUAGGAAAAAGCACAUG